CCUUUUAUCUUAAUUGUAAACUGAAUUAACUAGUUAUUUAAUCUUAGUUGAUAUUCAUAGUUAGCUGAUAGCUUCGUGUCAGAUCGCAAUUCAAUUGCUUUGAAAAAGUAUGAUUAUCUUUAUUAUUUUCCUUGGACUUUAUGGUUCAAGUUUAUCUUAUGAUCCAAUUGACGCUUUUGGAUUCAUAGGACCGGAUAUAUCAGCUCAGGGCCAAAGUUGUCAGUUUUUCAAAAAUGGCCAAUUCUAUCGAGGACCGUGUCAAACUCAGAAUAAACCCGAUUUUAGUUAUGGACAAGUUGGGCCCUUUGGAAAUGGAUAUCAACCUGGACCUGUUCGAAAACCUCCCGUUAAAAGAGGAGGUGGAUCGAUUUCUUACCCCAGUGAACACGGUGGAUAUGAGAAAGUAGAUCCAGAGUAUGGAAGUGACAUUAAACCAAGUUAUGGUGAAGAGCCAAACUUUGGAAACAAACCAGGUUACGGUGGAGUAAGACCUGGAGGAUUAAGACCAAGUGGAGGGUUUGGUUUUCCACAACCAGGUAAUCGUCCACACCAAAUUAAACCUGGUUCAAAUUCAGGUUAUGGAGGAGGAAAUUAUGGUAAACCCGGUGGAUUUGGACAAGGCGAAGGUAAUGGUUAUGGAGGAAUUAAGCCUGAACAUGGCUUCGGUCACAACAAAAAACCUCAACCUAAACCAGAAACUUUACCCGGUGGAUUUGAGAAGCCUUAUGGUGGAGGUGAAGGUGGUUACGGUCGGCCCGAUGGAUUUUCUAAACCUGGUAAUGGUGAGUAUGGCCAACCUGAUUUUGGUCAAAAUAAAAAACCUAAACCAGGUUUUGGUAAACCAAGCAUAUUGCCGGGUGGUUUUAAUAAACCAAAUGGCGGUGAAGGUGGAUAUGGUCAACCUGAUUCCGGUUACAACAAGAAACCGCAACCAGACUUCGGUAAACCAGAAAUUUUACCUGGUGGAUUUGAGAAGCCCGAUGGAAAUGGUUAUGGCCAACCUGGCGAAUUUGGUCUAAAGCCACAGCCAGGUUUUAAACCUGGUGGAAAUGGUUACGGACAAUCUGGUUUCGGUAACAACAAAAAGCCUCAACCUAAACCAGGAAUAUCACCAGGUGAAUUUGAGAAGCCUUUCGGUGGAGGUGAUGGUGGCUACGGUCGACCCGAUGGAUUUUCCAAACCUGGUAAUGGUGGAUAUGGUCAACCUGAUUUUGGUCAUAACAAAAAACCAGGUUUUGGUAAACCAGGCAUAUUGCCGGGUGGGUUUAAACCAAAUGGCGGUGAAGGUGGCUAUGGUCAGCCUGGCUUUGAAAAACCUGGCUUUGGAAAGCCUAAUCGAGGUGAUGGUUACAAUCAAAUCCCAUCGAAACCUUGUUCAACUAAUGAUGGACUACAGGGAUUUUGUGCACCUUUAGCUACAUGUUUCUAUCAAUUCGAUGAUUUAAAUGAUUUACAAGAAAAUCUCUGUGAAAAAGUUUCAAAAUUACCCACUGUGUGUUGUCCAGUUGAAGGACACCGAGAAAGCAAAAUAAGAAAAAUUCCCAUAAAAAUACCAAAGGAACAUCAUUACAAAGCUGAAAUACCACCAAUAAGUAUAGAUGAUAUUGAAAAUGCAGCUCGUGAAAGCAAAAAGAUUGUGCAAAAUAAUUUAGAACUAGAAGUUCAACUCGUUCGAAAAGGAUUCAUUCAAACACCCAACUCUAUGGAGUCUUACCAUCAAGCCUUUUUUGGCGGACCUGAUCCAUUGACUCGAAAAACAACUAAAGAUGGUUUGAUUGCAUUGGAAACGACAAUUCAACUCGCUAAGAAAUUCGGUUUGAACAAAUAUGAAGCUCGAGAUGGUUUACAACAAUACUCUUUGUAUGAUACUUCAAUACGAGAUAAUUGUCCCAAAGAACCUCACUGUGUACGUGAUAAAUAUCGAACAAUAGAUGGAUCUUGUAAUAAUUUGGAGCAUCCACUUUGGGGAAAAUCUCACACCUCGUUUAUUAGAAUAGCUCCACCUGAUUAUUCUGAUGGAUUGAAUGAAUUACGAAAAGCUUCUGAUGGUUCCAAUUUACCAGGCGCCCGUAUUGUAUCAUCUACUUUGGCUACCGAUGUUGAUAUUCCUGAUGUUAAAUUUUCUUUGCUUGUCAUGCAAUGGGGACAAUUUAUUGACCAUGAUUUGACAUUGACUGCCUCAACCAGAAUUGACUCUGAUCGAGGUGAAGGAAUCAUAUGUUGUCGUGAAGAGUUCGCUCGUAAUCCCAGCAUUCGACACCCAGCAUGUAGACCAAUUUCGCUACCUCAUGAUGACCCAUUCUUCUCAAAAUUUGACCACCACUGUACAAAUUUCGUGAGAAAUUCCCCUUCGCCAAGACCUGGAUGUUUCCUGGGUCCUCGUGAACAAAGCAACACUUUAACUCAUUAUAUUGAUGGAUCAAUGGUUUAUGGAUCAACUGUAGAUCGAGCUGCUCAUUUAAGAGCAUUUGUUAAAGGUAAAUUGAAAAAUACAAUCAUAAACGGAGUCGAAUACCUUCCGUUUGACGCACAAAAUCGAUCAGAUGAAUGUGCUAUUCCAGCUCAUCGACAGUUACAAUGUUUUGUCGGAGGUGAUGUACGAGUUAACGAACAAACCGGUUUAACCACUCUGCACAUGUUAUUUUUACGUGAGCAUAAUCGACUUGCUGACAAAUUAUCUUACCUCAAUCCAUCCUGGAAUGAUGAAACCAUUUAUCAAGAAGCUAGACGAAUCCUUGCCGCUGUAAUUCAACAUAUAACUUACAAUGAAUGGAUGCCGUUGAUAAUUGGAAGACGAGUCAUGAAGGAGUUUAAUUUAAUGCUCAAACCAUCUGGUUAUAGUUUUGAUUACGAUCCUCAUCUCAAUGGUGGCAUAUUGAACUCCUUUGCAACAGCAGCUUAUCGUUUCCACACUUUGAUUCAAGGUGUCUUCAAACUGAUGAACAAUCAUGGUAAAAUUACGAAUAAACUGUUGCUCCGUAAUUUAUUCAACAAUCCAGAAUCAAUUUACCAGAAAGGAGCUUUCGAUGAAUAUUUAAAUUGUUUAACUGGCCAACCAACCCAAACAUUUGAUCAAUUUUUCUCUCAAGAACUGACCAAUCAUCUAUUUCAAGAACAUGACCGAGAAUUUGGAAUGGAUUUGAUUUCCUUGAAUAUUCAACGAGGUCGUGAUCAUGGUUUACCUGGUUACAAUGAAUUCCGCAAAGCCUGUGGAUUACCUCCAAUCCGUUCAUUCCAAGAACUGUCUGUUGUAAUGAGACAAGGAUCAGCCGAAAGAAUGUCCAAAAUUUACAAAUCAGUGGACGAUAUUGAUUUGUUCAUUGCUGGUAAUCAUGAAAAGGCUUUACCAGGAGCCGUGGUUGGACCAACAUUUUCCUGUAUUUUGGCUGAGCAAGCUAGACGAUCCAAACUUGGUGACAGAUUUUGGUAUGAAAAUGGAGAUAUGAUUCACUCAUUUAACAAAGAGCAAUUGGAUGAAAUACGAAAAUCAAGUUUAGCUGCAAUCAUUUGUGCCAAUGCCGAUAAUAUUGAAGCUAUGCAGCCAUUGGCUUUAUUACAACCAUUUGCGAAUAAUCCAAAGGUUCCAUGUAAUGUAAUACCGCAAAUCAACUUGGAGUAUUGGACAAAUGAGAAGCUUUACCGAGGUUAAUCACAAUACUGGACUUGAUCAUCCACCGCAAUCUAUUAUUAUUUUGUCGAUGUGAUUGAAUUAAAGAUACGAAUAAAUUAUACUCUUUAUUUGACAA